UGUAAACCUUGUGUAAACCGUAUGCUAUGACACUAUCCAGCCUUCCUGAAUUAAAAUCAAUUUGGAAAAUCCACCCAUCUGAACUCAAUGGCUCUUACGAGACAAUUCAAUCGCCUUACUAUCUAGCCUGUUCAUCGCAAUCAAAUUCACCUUCCUAGACAAUUUAUCUUCAACCAACCACUCACAACUUACCCGAGCUCACAAGAUCCAGUUUAGACUUAUCAACGUCUUCAUACGUUGCCCCAAAGCUCAACAUAGCUAUCGCUCAUAUAAUUUCUUAUCGCACUGUCGAGCCCAACAGUGACUACGUAGUACGUAGUACUUUCUUGAGUUGUCCCAGGCCCAUUCUAUCCAUGUCGUGACUUAUCACAACCUUUGUUAAUGAGUGACUGGGAUCAAUUUCGGUAUUUUGUUCUCCUAAUCCACAUCUUACUAUCUGACCUCAUUCAGUGUCUCGAUCGUCUGAAAGAACUCGGGAGAAGUGAAAAAACAUCCGUUGGAGUCGCUUCAUGUUCUUCAGUAUCUGUUAUGGCUUCGACCAGGUUGUGGUUCGAGUUUGCAGUUUUAUCUUUGUAUGCUUGCGAACUUGAGGAGGGGAGAUUGGUUGCAAAUCUAGGAAGGGGAGAACUGGCUACCCAUACGCAGGGGAUAAGACUGGAGAUCCAAGCUGGACGAACAUAGCUGCAGAUUGGGCAAGAGUGGCUGUGAUCUCAGACCGCGGAACAUCGCUGGAGACCAAGGAUGGGGUGGGUGCGGUGAAAAUCUUUGGGAGAGUUGUUCAGUGCCAAGCAGUGGGUGGUGUGUCAAAAAUGCAAGGCAAUGAAUUUAUAUUGGGAACGAUUGGAACCCCUGUUUCGUUUUCUUGAAGAACUUACCUCAGAAUCAGAACUUUUAAAGGGCA